CUCCUCCUCCUCCUCUCCAUCCCCUCCCCACGCCUCUGGCCAGGCAAGCCAAGCGGAGUCCCCCACCCGCUGGGAGAGGAAGCAGAGGGGGCGGGGGGUUUGCGUGCCUGGGGCAGAGCGAGCUGCGAGCACCCACCGGCGCGCCCCCGCGGAAAGGCAAGCAACCGGCGCUCCUUGGUCCGAGGGAGGAAGCGGAGGCGGGGCGGAGGAAGGCGGGGAAGAGAAGCGAUGGCUCACGGCUGACCGCGAUCCCCGCCGGCUCCGGCUCCGAGAAUCCCGGCGCUCCCCUCGCCGCCCACCCACCCACUCACCCACCCGCCCAGCCUCUCCAUCUUGACGGCUUCCCCGAUGGCGUUCAGCAGCACCUCCUCCUCCUGGCAGCUGCUCUCGCCCGUGCAGUGGGCCAAGUGGACGUGGUCGGCUGUGCGAGGCGGCGGAGCCCCGGACCCCGAGCGGGAUGCUGCCCUCGACGCCGACGGGGAGAGGGGCCCGGCGGAGGAGGACGCGGAGGAGGAGGAGGAGGCGGCGGCGGCGCAGGCGGAGACCAAGUCGCUGAGUCUCAGUUCGGAUUCCGAAGGCAAUUUUGGGACUCCUGAGGCAGAGACGCCAAUACACUCCUUGGGGAAAGAGUUGGAAGAACUGGAUCUGGAACUGGACGUUGAGCCCCAAGCAUCUCUGGAAGACCAGUUUGUCUCCAAAGUUUUGGAGGAGACAUCAGCUUCAGCAGAGGAUGAAUUGCAGACUGACUCUGCAGAUGUGCAAGCCAGCGACGCAUUUAUAUCAAAAGCCCACCUUGGCAUUGAGCAGGGUUCAUCCGUGUCUUCUUCUCCAUUAGAGGCUACGGAGGGGAAUACGGUUCCAGCGAGGCUCAACCCAGACCACACAUCAGGCACGCCGUCCCAAGAGGAGCAAAGGGACAUUUUGAAGGAAAGCCAAGACAUCCCCAUUCAAGAACCUUUAGAAGUCAAGUCAAGUGUUGAGAAUAUUGCUAGUAAUAAGAGCAAGCUCCCGAGGGCGAAACCCAUCGCUCUUCAAAAGAAAAUGGGGGGAGAGAACUCCGAGGCUGAAGUGACCACCGAAAGCCCCCCUAUUCCCAAAGCUACCUACCACUUUGAUCCAGAGGAAUACAAUGAGACUGUGAACCCCUUUAGGAUGGGAGGCUCCAAAUGUCCAAACUCGCCCCCUGCAUCUCGGCCAAGUGCUGAUCUUCCCCAUAGUGACCCCAAGCAUCCCAGCUCAGCGGGAGCUGGAGAUUGCAAGACCAGGGCUGUGAAACUAGAGUUUGAUUUUGCCGAAGAAGCAGAAAACGCCGAGCCCAAGAAGCUCCCAGCAAGAAAAAUGGGGAAGAGGCCAAGCAGUAAGUUGUCUCCUAAGAGACAAAGGGCCACCCGACCUGUUGUAGGUCCUGAGGAUGGAGAGAAGACAAUAGCGCCUGAGGCAUCGGUGGCACCUCUGACCAGAGCGACUCCCCUGGCGGACACCAACCAAUGGGAUGAUCCUGCCUUUAACCCCUUUGUGGGCAGCUCCUCUUUGCAGGAUUCUCCCACGCUCACAAAACGUUCCUAUCAUUUGGACGUGAGUGACUCUUUCAAGCCGGGCAGUAAGACCUUGUCCACCGUAGGAGCUGAUUCUUGUCCUUCCGCAGAGAACAGUCUCAACGAGAUCCUGGAGUCGCAAGCCCGAGAGGCCGCGGGAGAUGAUUUGAAGACAAGCUUGGCCCCACAGAGCUCCAGAUCACGGCUGAUAACGAGUGGCUGCAAGGUGAGAAAGUAUGAAACUCAUUCCUUGGCCCUGGAUGCUUGCGCUCAGGAUGAAGAGGAGGCAGCCCUUAUUUCCAAAAUCCCAGAUCUUCCCAGUCGGGAUGGGCAUGCUACCGAUGAAGAGAAGCUGGCUUCCACCGGUCAGAAGCCAGCUGAAUUGGAGGUAAAAGGUGAGCCCGAGGAAGACCUGGAAUAUUUUGAGUGUUCCAAUGUGACCGUGUCUACCAUAAAUCAUACGUUUUCAUCCCCAGUAGAAGGCUCUGAUAAAGAAUCUUUGUGCAGACUGGAAGAGAAGAAUAACUCCAGUGAUAUCUCAAGCAAUCCUGAACUAUGUUCAAUGGAAAAGGCUCCUGGAAGUGCACCAGGCAGCCCAGGAAGAGGGGCUGAAAGCCCCCUGGAUGCCAUUUGCCUGAGUGAAUCUGAUAAGACAGCAGUUCUGACUCUGAUCAGAGAAGAGAUUAUAUCUAAGGAAAUUGAAGCCAAUGAAUGGAAGAAAAAAUACGAAGGAAGUCGACAGGAAGUUUUGGAAAUGAGGAAGAUUGUGGCUGAAUAUGAGAAGACAAUUGCACAGAUGAUAGAGGAUGAGCAGAGGACCAACAUGACGUCCCAGAAGAGUCUCCAGCAGCUGACGAUGGAGAAGGAACAAGCCCUGUCUGACCUGAAUUCAGUGGAGAGGUCUCUGUCCGAUCUGUUCAGGAGAUACGAGAACCUGAAGGGAGUCCUGGAAGGUUUCAAGAAGAAUGAAGAGGCCUUGAAGAAGUGUGCUCAGGAUUAUCUCAAUCGGGUUAAACAAGAGGAACAACGCUACCAGGCUUUGAAAAUCCAUGCGGAGGAGAAAUUAGACAAAGCCAAUGAAGAAAUUGCUCAGGUCCGUACUAAGGCCAAAUCUGAGAGUGCAGCUCUCCAUGCCGGACUUCGAAAAGAACAAAUGAAGGUCGAUUCUCUUGAAAGGAGCCUCCAGCAGAAGAACCAGGAAAUUGAAGAGCUGACCAAGAUCUGUGAUGAGCUGAUUGCCAAGAUGGGGAAGACCGAUUGAUGGCUCUUAUCAUCUGGAGCACUUGGUUUCUCCCUGCUGUCCAUCUGUAUCUUCCAGCAAGCAUCUUGCCUUAUUCCCCCCCACCCCACUCCCAGAAAUAAUCUUUUCCACUUUCUUGGCAGCAAAAGCACAGGCUUCUGUAUUGAGGGUCUGCCAUCUGCAAGAGGACUGACGAUUGCCCUGUUUGUACCCAUUUUUCCUGCCCUCUAGAUCUCCCUUGCCUAUUCAGUAUUUUUGCAGGCUCUCCUGACUGCUGCAUGAAGCCAACGGAUAAGAAGCAGGGCCAUUAGUCACCUGCAGAAGAGAGCAAUGUUUGCAGAUGCUUCCGUCUGAAGGCCAGAAAUGCAGCUUAAUCGAAUACAUAUUCCCCUGCAUGUACUAGUACCAUGCCCAGCAAGCACAUGAGUGGAAUACGAUUGCCUCUAAAAGCACAAGGGGCAAAGUCUCGAGGCCGAUGUUCCUCAGGGGGAAAUGCCCAGAUGAAAAUGGAUUGGCAUUCCUGGCAGCUUGGCACCUAGGCAAAUUGUGGUCAGCCACGGAGAAAAGGAAUUCCUCCCUGACCAACAUAGAGCUUCAGGCGCCUUGAUUUAUGGCGCCGUAAGCUUUGUAGGUCUGAAAAUAUGUGCCACAAGAAAUCUAUAAGCUCUAAAGGCAGCCUUUACAGUCCUGUGGGGCCACAGGAUGUGAGGGUUUUGAGUUUUAGCGCUUCUCCCAGAUGUGGUGCUGCCAGCUUGGGGUGUUUGGGAUGCUGGAAUCUGAAAAGCACUUGGGAUGGGGAAGUUAAUAUAAGGUGCCAUAAUUCUCUUAAAGAGGUAUAGCGACCUGGAUUGAGAUUUAUCUUAGUGCAGGGGUCUCCAACUUUGGCAACUUUAAGAUUUGUGGACUUCAACUCCCAGAGUUCCUCAGCCAGCUUUGCUCUGGGAGUUGAAGUCUACAAGUCUUAAAGCUGCCAAGGUUGGAGACUCCUGCCUUAGCGCACUUUAAAGUGAUAGCACGAGUGUAGUGCUCCACAAUUCACCCGAAGUGAACACACACAGUGAACUUGAGUGAAGAAGAGCAACUGUUAGAAAUCCCUAAACACACACACACAAACCCACACACAGAAAUCCACACACAGCGACAGCAGAAACAUGCACCUGCCAACCAUUCCUCAUCUUAGCAGUUUUCCUCUGUCCAGACAAAGAGCAGGGAACGGAACACAAUGGAGAGCAAGUGAAGAAAUAGAAGUUCAACCUCCUUGCGCCAACUACUGAUGACUAAACUCCUUCCCAGGCCUCACCAAGGUCCCCCUGAGAAUUUGAUACCAUUUCAAGAUCUAAAAUGACCUGCAAAUGAACACUCCCUCCCUCCUCUCACUUGAGGUCAUUAAAAUGGAGAUCUAUCCAGGAACUGCAAUUGUCCUGGGAGUUUUGCGAUGGCCACAAAUGUUUUUAUCAGCCAGGUCCUUGCUUUCAGGCUUGAGACCUUUUCAUCUUGUCUCCAUUUUUGGAUGGAAGCCACAGUGACUAGUCCAUUAAGGAACUUGCAAAAUCGAUACUUCAAAGAGGUCCCGAGUUGUCCCAGUCCAGAUGUUGGAGCCGCCAGUCUCAGGAUUGAGAUUCGUAAUUGCAAAAGAUCUGCAAGGUUCCAUUCGGAGAUGGCUGGUGUGAACAUUUUGGUUGUUUCAUGUUGGCGUUGGUGUCUUGCAUACUCUAGCUGUAUCAAGUAAAGAUUGGAGGUUUUUUUCCCUCUGCCUGCGGAUUCAAAGGUGACCAGGUGCUGGAAUUUAUAGCCCAGAUCCUCUGUGGCUAUCCCACUUGGGCUAAAUCCUUCAUGGAGUCUUCCCGUAGAAAGGGAGUUCCAGAGAUCCACCCAUUUAUGGGUUGUUUUAGUCACGCAUGGAGAGAAGCUGCACUGGGGAACUAUCCAAAGCCAUCAUGCAUGGAGAGAAGAGCUGCAUUUCCAGGGCCUACCAAAACGGUCCAUCUCUCCCAAGUUGCAACUUCCAAACACGUUGCGAGGACUUUGGGCUACUUUUGCCAAGCUGUCACUCUUCUAUAGUUUUGUGUGACAAAUUCCACAAUUUCUAGCGCUGGCUGGAAAUAAUUGGAAUUGUAGCACAGCACAUCUACAGAGGACCGAGUAAGAAGCUUCUAGUCUUUGGAGAUACAAAAUGAAAUGCAUUUGACCAAUAAUAUAAAGCCCUCUAUUUCUGAGGAAGUUGUGCCAUUCCUGAGUAGGAACUCUACUUUCAAGCUUGCCUGAAAUCUUUAUCCCUUACAAUGUCUCACGAGGUUAUCUUUUAACUGAAACUCAUCCUGCUCUGCACUUCGCUAUCACAUGCCACUGGUCCACCUGCCAUGUUCCCAUCAUUGAACAGAGCUGAGAUACCAUCAGAGCUUGAUACCAGGCCAAAUUCCUUGGACACAAAGCUCUUGGAGUAUCACGGCGUCUGGUGGAAAAAUCACGCCACGGAAUUUUAUUGAAUCUGGCACUACCGGAGACAGCAUUGGCUUAACUGCAUAUCGGGUCUGGAUCUAGGAAUUUUGGUUGGCAUCACCGAGCAAUAGAUUCUGGUUGCGGAAUAGCAUUUGGAAGAGUGGUUUUAUCAUUUUGGGAAGACCCGUUUUCAGUUCCGACAAAAGAAUGAUCCUGCCAAGUGAUCAUGGUUUUAUGGUGUUGCUCACUUUACAACAGCUGUACUAAUGGCCUCCUUCAGCUGAGUCAGGGCUGGAAAUCUUGUGGCCUUCAAGAACUUCAGUGGAGUUGCAUCCACCCCAACUGGUCUGGGAAUUGCACGUACAUCUUGGCUACAGUUUGUCCACUUUUGACUAAAGGAAGGAGGAAGUAGAAACCCAAGGUUGUCUUGCAAGCAAAAUCCUGUGUCUUCUUCCAGAGCUCCGUGGUUCAGCGCCAUCCUCCAGCUGUUGGCUGGAUGUUCAGUGGUUGCACUUUUGUCUGUGGUGUGUUUUGUGCAAGGGUGUGUGUGUCUUCACAUGCACACUGUGCCAAAUGCUCUCUUGUUCUGUGCCUCAAGCAUGCCACUAAAGGGUGGGUAAAAGAAGAUUCCUAAGGAAUGAUAUUAAUUAACUAUAAUAUGGUUAUUAUAGUUUGUUCAGAUAUGAAAAUUGUGUGCGCGCGCAUGGGUGUGUGUGUGUUGUAUAAUAUAUAUAUAUAUAUAUAAUGGAUAUAGUUCUAUAUAGUGCUGGGGUGUGGGUGUGUGAUUGAAGUCUGUAGAACUGUUGCACCUCGUCUAGCAUUGUGUGGCAAAAUGCUACUCGGACUGGCUGCUAAUUCUUGUCAAAUCUCCGUCUACAGCCGUACCUUCUGCCAAUCCAGAAUGUUUCCAAAUCCAUUUAAAAGACGAACACUUGAUUGGUUGCUCACCCCACGUAGGGGUCCCACAUGAUCACUUGUCAGCCAGAAAGAAGCUGCAGGAUUUGUGUAGCAAUAACCCAAUUUGUUCCAUAAUCAUUCCCGUCAACUGAAACACCUUACCCUGUCUAAACACCUUAAAAGAGCUUCGCCCACUUAAAGCACACAGCUACAGCCCCGUAACUUGCAGGAGAGAUGAUAGGUUUAAGAUUAUCUUCUCAGUGAAAGUGCUAAUAGAAGAGGUUGCUUAUGUCUACCUGGAACUCUAAACUUGAGGUAUGAAAUGGUUUCUGCCACCUUGGCUUCUUCUGUGUAUCUUGUGAUGGCAAUGCCUAGAAUUACGUAGCCUUCUAAGUUUUGCAGCCCAGCAUUUCUGUUGUAUUACUGAAGGCAAAUGUUAAAAUCUGUUUCUGCAUGGAAAAGAGUUUGUGGAAGACAGAACAAUCUCCGAAAUAAUCCACCAUAAAUCUGCAGGGCAGGUUGUAUCACAAGGAUAUUUUGCAGCCCAGCAUUUCUGAAGGGUGGUUGUAUCACCGAAGGCAAAUGUUAAAAUCUCUUUCUACGUAGAAAAGAGUUAGUGGAGAGGACAACAUUCUCCAAAAAUAAUCCAUCAUAAAUCUGCAGGGCAGGUUGUAUCCCAAACGUGUGAGCCAAUGACAUUACCAAGUCAGUCAUAUAUCAAGGAUCAACCCAAGCUUAGGAGGAAAAAACAAACCAAAAUUCCCUGUAUUAUUUCUAGACAGCUGACUGGAGUUGUGGGAUCCAUUUUAAUUCCAGAUCACAGUGAAUUGAGGUCUAUUUCUUUCUGGCUCUAAGCAUCUCUUUUCUCUCUCUUUUUUUCUUCUUGCAAUCGCAAGUCAGGUAAAUAUUUGUAAGAGUUAUACUCCCUCCAAUAAGAUAAAUUGAUUGUUAAUAUAUUUUUCCCCAUCCUCCCCACUGCCUGAAUAAAACCAAUGUUCUUUCAACUUG